AUGGCUUUCAAGUUGCCCUUUCUUAUUCUUCUUGCUUUCUUUGCUCUUUCAAUACUCCUUAUCUCCUCUGAGGUAGCAGCUAGGGACUUGCCUAGGUCUUCCUCAAAUCAUGCUGAGGCAAAGACAAUGAAACAUGGAGAGGCAGAUGAUGCUAAAUACGGUUAUGGAGGUUACCCAGGGCGUGGUGGGUAUUAUGGCGGUGGUUAUCCUGGCCGUGGUGGCUAUGGCGGUGGCUAUCCUGGUCUUGGCGGCUACAGAGGUGGAUACCCAGGCCGUGGCGGCUAUGGUGGUGGCUAUCGAGGAGGAUAUUGCCGAUAUGGAUGCUGUGGCGGAUGGUACGAAGGAAGCUGCAGAAGAUGCUGUUAUUACGCUGGUGAAGCUGUGGAUGCACAACCAAAUACUGAAACUCAUAGCUAA